AGCCGCUUUGACUCGAGCCGAAUGCAGCAGCGCUCUCCUGGCUUAGGCGGAUGCCUGGUCGUCACCAGCGACAGAGGGCAUGAGGACCUCAGCCGCGGGCGUCGAGAGUACGAAGAGGCGCUGUAGCCAUGCCAGUCUCUGCGCAAGGUUGUGGCACGGCCUGGGCGGCGUGGUGCACAGAGCGCUCGCAGUGCUGGUGGUCGUUCUAUCUUUGAGCGUGGUUGUAGCCGCCAUCGCGGGCGGUGGCAAAGGGACCCUCAAAGAGUGCGAGGACAAGGUGGACGCUUACGUGCGCAUGGCGCAUUUGGACGCCGCGGAGGCGGCAGAAGCGCACCGCGGCAUCUUCUCCGUGCAGGUCGUGGCCAUGGCGUUCACUGCGCCGACCGCGUUCAGCUUGCUCGCUUUCUCGGCCACGCGUCACAUGUGCAGAGCUUCAGAGUACGCGGCCUGUCUGUGGUUGGAUUCGGUUGUUGUCGCGGCGUACAGUUUGCUCCAAUGCAACGGUCUGAACGGGGAGUUGUUCGCCAUAUUGAGUGCGAAUCUGAUCCCCCUGAGCAUUGGACUAUUCUGGUUGCUGCUACUGCGUCAGGUGAGGGCGUUGGAAAGAAGUUCGUUUCUUGAUCUCGGCUCCCUGCGCCUUCGCCGGGUCAUCGUGUACCUGGCAAUCUUCGCCACGUGCGCUUUCAUCUGCAGCAGGUUCGCGCGUGGGCCUUCAGGCCAUCCCACGCGAAUCGUAAUGGGCAUAUUUGUCUGGAUUGUGGUGCUACUGCAGGUGAUGGGGAUGGCCGUGUUCCUGCGCGCAUGCUGGCUUGUGCUGGCGACGGUGCGCGAGGCCCGGUGGCGGGGGGUGUCCACCGAGGAGGUCAACAACGCUCCUCGGUUUCUGAUAUUCCAGAUGGUGGGAUCGUGCAUGGGGAUUGUGAGUUCCUUUUUUGGACAAUUGACCAAGAUGUACGCGUCGGACCUCUGUUGGCCAGUAUUGGGGCGUCCCGUGGACGAGAGGACGCCCGGGUUCUUGAUCGGUGUGCAGGUUGUCAUUAUGGUCGACACCAUGUUCAACUCAUUUGCCGCCCUGGCCCUCAGUGGAGCUUUCUUCGGGGCGCUCCGCGGAGGCUUAUCCACGAUGCGCUCGGAGCGCCAGCGUCACCGCAUUUGGAAACGGUUCUCCCGGGAGUUCCCCACGGCGCAGGGACUACAGACCGAUGAGGAAUGGAACGCCAAAGUCGAAGAGUUGGCAGGCAGGGGCUUCACGCUGCAGGCGCUGCUGGAGUUUUAUUCCAGGCUUGGCAAGGACGUGAUGCCGCACUUCGAUCCGUUGGUUCACACCACGGAGGACGUGGUCCGAGGCGCCAUCAUUCCGCUGUCGGCAGGCAGCCAAUCAUCUAUGGCUGAAAUCAUGAUGGACCACAGCUAUGUAAAGCCUCAGAAGAUGGUGACUCACAACUGGGGAAACAUCUUUACCAACUUGGUUGCGGCUAUUGUGUCAGAUGCUCUCUCCGAGAGGGAGUACUGCAAGGUGGCUGCCCUGCUCAUUCACAACGUCGACACCCUCAUGAAGUGGGUUGCCCAGUCAAAUGUUGGAUCUCAAACGGUCUGGGUUUGCGCAUUCUCGGUGAAUCAGCACACCAGCAUCUGCUCUGCAGAUCCAGGUUCAAGGAGGGACUCAGUGACGGGCGAACGCUACACCCUCUGCUCGUGCGGCUUGUCCGAAGCGCUCAACACCACUACAAGUGCCCAUCGCGCGCGCCAAAGUUUGGUGAGUGAGAUCAAUAAAUUCGACCCAAUGAUGAUGUUACUGUCAGCUGCAAACGACACGUUCGCCCAGGUGGUUGCAGUUGACAAGCGCUUUUACAUUUUCAAGCGGGCUUGGUGCUUGGCCGAGGUUGCCGCCGCCCAUUCAGCAGGCAUGUCCCAGUCGCUGCAGUUGCCGUCCGUGGCCCACCUGGAGAAACAUCAAGACGGACUCGCCGACCUGUCAAUCAGCAGCGCACAGGCCAGCAUGCCACAGGACAAGGAGGCGAUCUUGGACCGCAUCCCAGACCACGACGCAUUCGACCGCAGGCUUCGAGACUUACUGUUAGGUCAGCUGCUCCCGUCUUGGUCGAGGCUCGACUCGAGCGAACAGAUGCUCCAGGCGGGGCGAGUCGCUCGCUGGCAGAGUCUCGUGCAGAAACACCCCGCGGUAGACUGGCACUUCGAAGUGGAUGAUGCCAUUCUUGGGCAGGAAGACUCGGCGCCGCGGCUUUAGCUGCAGGAAUGCUGCGCGAAAUCUCUUGCGGAGUGGGCCUUCAGCUGGCGGUUUUGUGACACGGCGCCAGCGAGAAGCAACUCCUUCUCGGUUUCGUCCUCCACAUUCCCUCCUUCCGCUCUUGCCUUCGCCCUACCCCGCGCUCGGAGGAAGGGGGGUGUGACGCAGAGCAUGCCCAGGGCGCAAACAUGGUGCUGCAUGCCGCCCUCCCCGAGAAGCGACGAUGCUUCGGGGCGUUUCGGGGACGGGGCCGCGCUGUGGCCUCGCGGGCUCGUGCCACCUGGCAGCGGCCACGGCGGCGCGCGCUCGCGCCGCCGCCGCCUCCAGGCUACACGCACUUUUCGGUCCUCGCGGAUGCCCGUUUUCAGUUGGCCCGCCAGCUCCUGCGUGCUGCCACCGUUGCGGGAGAAGCACUGACCGCAGGGCGCGGGAACGACCCGCGUAGUGCGGUAGAGCAGGCGCGAGGGAAGGAAGUAACACACGGCGGUCGCUUGCAAAAGCGACAGGUACGGACACGUAUAUCAACCAACGGCAUCCUUGCUCCUUCGUUGACGGCGGCAUGCAAAGUAUUUGAUCCGUUCACGUUCAAACUUGCAAGGGGCCAGAACCUGUUGCAAACAAUUCGAUAAUGACGCGGCCAGCCAGCAGUCCGCGAACAUGGAGGGGCUCUCUUUGUGGCGUCGUGGGCUGUUUUGGAGCCAUAUUUGAAGCCCCUUUGGGCCGUCGUCGGCGCUCGGGGGCCUGAUUAGGCCUGAUUGUGUUGCUGGAAUUGGCUGGCUGUCGUCGAGCCUACAGACAGGUGGGCUUAUCACGCUCCCAGGGCUCAUGACGAAUCAGCGCACAUGCCUCACGACCUCGCUGUAAGGCGAGUGGGGCCGCAGCCUGGGUCGAAUGCAUAACGUCAUUGGAGAUGUCUGAUUGCCAGCGCAGGGCCUGCCCCUCAUUCCCCAAUCAGUGCUUGCACUGAAGGGGUCCUAGCGGAUAUUGAAAGA